AUAUACUAGUCGAUAACAUCCAUUUACUCGCAUUUCGCACUACAAAGUGCAAAAAAACAAAAUAAGAACACAUACCCACAUACCACCAAAAACUUAAAAACUUAAUCAAAUAAAUCAUCAUCAGAAAUGUGUAUAUGUUUGCAUUUGUCGCCAAUAACUUGCUUAAAGCAAAAAGAAAUGAGAUACAGUGACUAAUAUCGCUAAGUGGAUAAACUACACUACCUAGUCUUGUGUUUUCAACUAGGUCCAAGAAUCCGCCGCAGGAGGCAGCAAUUAAGACAAAAAAGAACUAUUUGAACCGAGGAUGAGUUCGGAAAAAGAGAAGAAAAUCGGAUGGUUCCAUUCACUGACCAGGCGAAAGAAAUCUCAGUCACAAAAUUCGAUAAAUAUAAGCGCGACCGUAUCUGAUACUGAACCUACAAGUUCCUCCAUACAACAAAUGCAAAGCAAUAACAACAACACAAUUGAAGCUGCUGAAUCAGCUUGUAAUCCUGGAAGUGGCCGCAAACGUAAAGAAGAGAAAAAUGCAUUUCAACGUUUUAGAAAGAAAAUUGGCCUUAGAUUCUCUCUUAGACGGCGCAAGUCAUUCCAAGGUGACGGGGCGACUACAGAUGCUUCAUCUGAAUUCACAACGGCUUCUCCAAUACACGAACCACUGCAGUUCAAUUUCAAACGUAGUGUCACAACGGAUGAUGCUGACAUCGUUACACCAUUCUCAAAUGAUUUGAAACGUUUUAUCAAGAAGAAAUGGCUAGAACGCGAAGAUGGUCCCAAUCGCGUUAUGUACGAAGCAAGUUGUGAAAUGCUCAACCAAGUUUGGUAUUGGGGAGAAAUAUCAAGACGCGAUGCCCAAAAACAAUUAACCGACAAGCCAACCGGAUCAUUUCUAGUACGGGACUCUGAGACAAGUGGUUGUCAAUUCACGUUAUCAUUUCGCAUUGUCAAUGUGACACUGCACUAUCGACUAGAGUAUCGAAAUGACUAUUGGCAUUUUGAAGAGCUGCAAUAUGAAUCCAUAGUCGAGAUGAUCGAAGACAUAUUAUAUCGAUGUACAAAUGAUAAUUUUGUAUGUUUUGUUAAAGUACCAAAUGAAGUUCAACCACCGUUUCCGGUCAUAUUGAAAUAUCCUCUGAGUCGUUAUUUGAAUGUGCCAAAAUUACAAGAUCUAUGCCGCCGAGUUAUACAACGCACGACAAAAUUUGAAGACAUUGCCAAACUGUCAAUACCACCAGGUCUACAAGAAUAUUUAGCCGAAAAAAGAGAACUUGUAUUCUAAAAGAAUGGAGGUGAGGAAACAAACGAAAACCCCAAAAUAUGGCUUUUUUAAAAUUAUUUUUCGAAACUAUGUUAAUUCCUAGUAGGAUGUGAGUGGCUCUUAUUACUAAAGUAUUAGAAAAAUAAUCUCUUUUAUUAUAUACAUGCAUCACAUACAUAUAUAAAACCAAAGAUUUUACUGUUUAUGUUAUUCAUGAGUUGUUUCUUAAAAUUUUAUCAAGGUCUCCUGCGAUUACUUUGUUUUUAAGAAAGUAAAUAAGGAUUAUGAAAUAUGCCGAGUCAACCUAUUGAAACUAACUACACUGAAAUAAACUAUAUAAAAAAAAAAAAAAACAAACAUAUUUUGUCCUAUCAAAGCGUUGCUUUUAUCUCUCAAAUAUAAAAAUACUAUCUUUAUCUUUGUCUUCCUUAAAGCGCAACAAUUUUAUGUUCAACACCUGUUCUAUAUACUUUUACAAACAUAUUUAUAUGUUUUCUAU